GUUAGCUUGUAGCAGUAGGGAUGAUGAAUUACACAGCUAAUUAAGAGUAUCUGAAUUAGCGGUAGUUCUGCACCCAUUUGCUGUUUUUUAAAGCCCAGAAGAAAUCCAACGAAAGGAAAAGCGGAGACAAGAUGGAGAUGCUAUGUUUCCGGUUACCGGGCCAUGGGGACACGACCCUGAAGCACCUGAACGCACUGAGGUCCCGCCAGCACUUCUGUGAUAUCACCAUUGUGGCCAGCGACAACCUGACAUUCAGGGGACAUAAGGUGGUGCUGGCUGCCUGCUCGCCCUUCUUAAGGGACCAGUUCCUCCUCAACCCGUCCCCCAAGCUUCAGGUGUCGCAGCUGUACAGCUCCACAGUGGUGUGCGAUCUGCUUCAGUCUUGUUACACUGGCGUCCUGCAGUUUAACCCAGAGGAGAUUGUCAACUACCUGACCGCCGCCAGCUACCUGCAGAUGGAGCAUAUUGUGGAGCGCUGCCGAGGAGCACUGAAGAAGUAUGUGAAUCUAAGGAGCCCCAGUCCCCUGAAGAUGGCUUCAGAGGAGCGAGGGGCUCGACUGUUGAUCGUCAGCGACAGCGUUCAUUCAGAGGCCUCUCCUCCCACUGGCCGACCCUCGCCGGGGCGCUCACACAGUCCUGUGCGCUCAGUGGAGGAGAGCGGCGGCGACAUGUCUGCUCAGGGCAGCAGUCACCACCACGAUGGAAGUCUGGAUGAGCAGCACAUUAAGGUAAAUGCAUCAGACGAGGAGGAAGUAGCAAGACAGGAGAACUGUGAGGUGUACAGAGUCUACUUCAAAGACGCCGACCAGAUGAACAGAGAGGAGGAGGAGGAGGACGAGGAGAGAGGAGCGCCCUCGUACGGACAUCAGGAUGCGUGUUACCCGGAGACGGAGGGCAUCAUGAUGGGAGGAGAACGCGGCGAAUACAACUUGAAUCCAACAGAAGAGGGUCUCAGCAUGGGGGGACUUUCGAUGGAGGGGCUCCGCGCGUUCAGGCGCAGGCUGCCUGACCCUAAAACUGGCCGGGGCCGAGCGAGGGGUAGGGGGCGGGGUUUCAAGAGGAGACGGUUGGUGUCAACACAGGAAAAAAGACCCCCGGGCCUGCCUCACCACCAGGAUAUGUGGUACCUGUCGACUGCGGGGAUGGGAGAGGGUUUCGGCUUGGACCCCAACCAAGAAGGGCACAAGACGCAGAACUACAUCUCAGUUGAACUCCCCAAGUUGGACUUCGGCAUGGAGGACACACGCGGAGACAAGGUGUCGGCGAUGGACGGCAACAGUUUGGGCCCGUACGCGCUGGAGGAAUCCGGUGAGGGGAGUUCGGGAAUGGCGGCUGUUGGAACGGACGAGGGAGGCGACGAGUCCGUCGCGGUGGUGGGAUCCACCUCCAGCGUCGUCGGGCCUGUGAUCUGCGAGCACUGCGGCAUGACGUUCCCCUCCACCCACUCCCUGGCCAUCCACUCGCGCUCCACCCACCUGCUGUACGCCUGUCCCUGCUGCGGCAAACACUUCCACCACUCGGCCAACCUCACCCGACACAUGGCCGUGCACCGGGGCACCGGCAAAUCCCACCAGUGCCCGCUGUGCUACAAGACGUUCACCCAAAAAUCCACCCUAAUAGACCACAUGAACCUCCACAGCGGCGAGCGGCCGCACCGCUGCGCCUACUGCCACGCCCGCUUCGCCCACAAGCCCGCCUUGCGACGCCACCUGAAGGAACAGCACGGGAAAACCACGGGGCAGAACUCUCUGCACGAGCAGGAGGAGAGGGAGCGAGAGGGGGCCACCGGAACCAUAAGGGAGGAGGAGCAAGAGUGCCUGGUUACCGAGCAGGUUGCAUAGCGUCACAGGGAGUCGGUGUUUAAAUUGCCUUAAGUUACUCGGGCGUCCAGUGGGGGGGUCAGUCUGUGGGGAUCACAAUAACCCGCGUGUGUAUUAAAGUGACCGUGUGUGGGAUUUGGUUGCAGUAGAACAGUAGAACAGUCACUCCUCCCUUUCUGCGAGUGCGGUGACGUGAGACGCAGAGUGCAAGGCCGUGGUAACGCAGUUCACCUCGUUCUGACGCUGUGUGUACCAUACCGGUAACAACGUAACAGUACUUGAGGAGUCUGUCAGUCAGCCGUGGCUCCGCGGUUUUGUCACUGUGGCCCGAUCCCAAUACCCCUCCAGCACUUUGCUGCCUCAUGUCACGUCACCAUGACAACAUCUACAAGAGGUUUUACAACUGAGGGUAUUUGUCUCUUACAUUUUACGCCUCCCAGGUCUCUCCUCAUAAGACGAGGUCAUUUCAGAUAAUGUUUCCACUGUUAAAUAUCAGUGCUUUCUUUUCCAUUUUUAAUCCUUGGCGUUUUAAAUGUAUAGAUUUUAAUGACAGUCCGAACAAGUGCCAUCUUCCUUGGUUUGUUUUUACGGCCAAAUCGCAAUGAAUUGUGGGUAAUUCCCUUGGAAGUAAUUUCUCAAAUAAAAUGUCUGCCAGCGAACUCAUCUAAACCCUCAACUAAACCCUGAGCAGAAGCACUUAAGUCUGAGUGCAUAAGGGUGGAGAUUGGGAUUGGGCCAGAGGCUCGUGUCAGAGCACUCCGCUGGCCUUUAUGUAACAAAGAACACAAAGGCUCUUGCUUAGGUUUGUCUUGCUGGGCUGCGGUAGAAACAUAGCGGUGCAACCCUCUCUAUUUAGAUAUCAAGGGCUCAUUCUAAUGAUUCUUAAAUUGGUUUUACGUUGAUGAAAACUAUUCUGAUUACCUACUUGCCAAUAUAAGCCCUCAAAUGCUACACAUGUUUCCAAUCUGCAUACAAAUAAACAGCCAGUGUGUGAUGUGGGGUCAAUGACAGUCCUCAACAUUGUUAUACAGACAUCUUGACUUGUCGUGGCCUGGGUAUUACUGUGACAAUGGCUGCGUUGUAUUAAAGCCGACACCUGGAAACUCAAAGAGGCUGAAUGGAACUGUGCUUUAAAUACUGUGAGAUGUCAAAAUGUCCUCAGUGACAAACGUCCUGUGGAUUUAUCAGUCUCUUGGAAAAUUGUUUUAUUAGUAGGACUGAAACGUUAAAUCUAAAUAUAUGUAAUGAUCUGACUGACUGCAGUGAGAAUAAAAUGUGUCCUAUCCACUC